GUGAGGCAUACACCUUCAAGACUGUUUGAAAAGUCAAGAGAGGAGUCAAACUUAUCAUAAAAGAAGAUAACACGGCAAAGAAGAAAAUAUUCACAGAGGAGUUAUUCACAACAAAGAGUGGAGAAUGGCUGACCAAAACAGUGUAUUCAUGGGGAUGGACCUGCGUUGCCAGGUGAACAACCAUGCCCAUCGUACAGAGGAGAUGGACCUGGAAAGGCUGCUGGUUCGUAGGGGGCAGCCCUUCUCCCUCGCUCUGCAGUGCUCCACACCCCUGCCACCUAAACACAAACUAGCCAUGAUCCUGCAUCUGGGUAAGGAGGGUGAGGUGGUGGUGAAGGUUUUGGAUGCCCGUGCUGACCGUGACAAGUGGUGGUUCCGCCACCAGAGGGCUCAGAAUGAGGUGCUGCUGACAGUCCACAGCCCAGCAGACACCCCUGUGGGACUCUACAGCAUGACAUUGCUGCUCCUCUCCCCUGAUGGACACAGCCUGGAGCAGACCACACCAGAGACGUUCUACCUGCUCUUCAAUCCCUGGUGCAAAGCUGACUCUGUGUACCUCCCUGAUGAGGAGCUGCUAGAGGAGUACAUCCUGAAUGAAAAUGGCCUCCUUUACCAGGGCUCCUGGGACCAGAUCUCCUCACUGCCCUGGAACUUUGGACAGUUUGAACAAGAUGUGGUGGACAUCUGUUUUGAAAUCCUGAACAAUUCACCUGCUGCACUGAAAACCCCAGAGAUUGACACAGCCAACCGAGCAGACCCAGUGUACGUGAGCAGGACAAUUACUGCAAUGGUGAACGCUAAUGAUGACCGUGGCGUGGUGUCGGGCCGCUGGGACGGGAAGUACGAUGAUGGAGUGCCACCCACACGCUGGACCGGCAGUGUGGCCAUCCUCAGGCGAUGGAGCGAGGCCGGGGCACAGAGGGUGCGAUACGGACAGUGCUGGGUGUUCUCAGGUGUAGCCUGCACAGUUCUUCGCUGUCUGGGCAUACCUACUCGCCCUGUUACAAACUACUCCUCUGCCCACGACACUGAUGGCAACCUGAAUGUGGACUAUCUGUACGACGAGCAGUUGGAGAGUGUGUCUGAAGGCAGGAAGGACAUGAUCUGGAACUACCAUUGCUGGGUGGAGUCCUGGAUGGACAGGGAGGAUCUUCCUAAAGGCUAUGAUGGGUGGCAGGCUCUGGAUCCCACCCCACAGGAGAGGAGUGAUGGGGUGUACUGUUGUGGGCCCUGUCCAGUGAAGGCAGUGAGGGAUGGUGAUGUGGGGAUGAAGUAUGAUGCAUCGUUCGUGUUCUCUGAGGUGAACGCAGACCUGGUCACCUGGAUCGUCUACCCAGAUGGCCAACGCUCACAGGUUUCCCUCAACCAGAAGACUGUAGGCCAAAACAUCAGCACCAAGAGUGUGUAUGGAGACUACAGAGAGGACAUCACUAAACAUUACAAAUACCCUGAAGCAGGUUCAGAGAAGGAGCGUGAGGUGUAUGAGAAGGCAGGACGGCGGGUAACACAGCUGAAUAGAGGACCAGGGCAGCUGGAGAUGAAGAUCAAACACGCCCAGGCUAUCCUGGGUACAGACUUUGAUGUGAUAGUGGAGGUGCACAACGUGGGUGGGGAGGACACCCCAGCCCAGCUUACUGUGACCUCCAACGCUAUCACUUACAACAGCCUUCACCGGGGGGAGUGCCAGAGGAGGACUGCCAGCCUGACCGUACCAGCCCAGAAAGCUCAUAAGGAAGUGAUGCGUCUACGGUACGAUCACUACGGGGCCUGUGUGUCUGAGCAUAACCUGAUCAGGGUCACAGCACUGCUCCAGGCCAGCGGCCAGCCUGAUGUCAUUCUGCAAGAGGUCAACAUCCCACUAAGCAUGCCACAGCUCCAUGUCAAGGUAGUGGGAGAUGCGGUUGUAUCUCGGAAAUUAAUUGCACACAUCAGCUUCACCAAUCCCCUGCCUAUAACCCUGAGAGGGGGUGUGUUCACAGUGGAGGGGGCAGGUCUGACUGCGCCACGGGAGCUCCAAGCACCAGGUGACAUUGGCCCAGGUCAAGAGGUGAAGGUCAAGUUGUCCUUUAAGCCCACCCGCGCUGGCCUGAGAAAACUGAUGGUCGACUUUGAUGCAGACAGACUGAGAGAUGUUAAGGGCAUUGCCACUUUGAUUGUGCGAAACAAAUUAACUGUGAAUUAAAAAUGUAUAUCAUAUUUCAUAUGCAUAUUUUUUAUAUAGAAACAUAACCCUGUGAAUGCAAAAUGAAAGUGAGGUGCAAAAUAAUGUGAUGGUUUUUCAUAUUAUUCUUUAUGACCUUAAGGGAUUUAUUAACCUUGUCCAAAGUAGUUAAGAUUAGCAAAGAAAGGUGGGGCUCAAAAUCCAAAAGUAUUGUUAGAGUCCGAAGACUAUUUGUGAGAAAAGACCUAACUGUACUCUUACAGUAUUUACAAGAUAUUGCACACUAUUUAGAAGGACAUAUAGCCUAGGACCAAGAAGCAUGGCGGCAGCCUUUAGUUAUUAUUUCCCCAGCUUCUGGAAUAGCCUGCCAGAGAACCUGAGAGGGGCCGAAACAGUGUACAUAUUUGAAAGAGAUCAUAAAACUUUUUUUUUGCUUUGCUUUUCCUUAGGGUGCUUUUCAGUUGUUCAGGUUGUGUCAGUUAUUGUGUAGUAAAUAUUUCAGGUUUUAUUUUCUGUGUUUUUUCCUGUAAAGCACAUUGCUUUGCAUUCAAUGUCU